AUGUCGCAUAUGCCAACGCCGUCAUCACACAGUCAACCUACCGAACCCGCUAAUAUAUCUUCAUACUACGCCGAGUCUGAACGUGUGAUUUUACUCGCAACCGCUGAAGUAUUACUGAAAGAUUACGCUGGCCGCUGGCAACCUGCUCGUGCUCUUCUUGACAACGGUUCGCAUGCUUCCUUCAUCACUGAAGCUUGCGUACAACGCCUCCACCUUCCAAGAAUAUCAUCGUCAAUUCGUGUCACAGGUAUUGGGUCGAUUGAAGGAGGUCACGCAAAAGGAGAAGUAAAGGUAUGCGUAUCUUCGCGGUCUUUAGAUUCAACAUUUCAAGCGAGUGCACUGAUUUUAUCAAAAAUUACUAACGAUCUUCCGCCUACCGCUCUGACCAAUACGCUCUGGCCCCAUAUUCGUAAUUUACCGCUGGCUGAUCCAAACUUUUCCAAGUCCGGACCGAUAGAUGUCUUGAUCGGUAUGGACGAAAUGGAGAAAGUUUUAUUAAAUGGUCUGAGAAAAGGACAAAAUGGCACGCCGAUGGCUCAAAACACCACGCUUGGUUGGGUAUUGUUUGGAAACACCAAUCCAUCAAAACGACAACCUACUGUUUCAACGCUCUACUGUGACGCGCAUCUGACUGAACUACUUACUAAGGUUUGGGAACUUGAUGAACCACCAUCCAGAAAGCUGUACACGCCUGAAGAGUUAUACUGUGAGAAGCUGUUCGAUGAAACUACGCAGCGCGCGGAAGACGGUCGCUUUAUAGUACGUUUGCCAAUCAAAGAGGAUAUUCCAAUUGGGGAAUCUCGAAACGCAGCAGUUCGUGCAUUACUACGCAUGGAACGACAGUUCAACACUGACAAGAAUCUUCACGACGAAUACAAGAAGUUUAUGAAGGAAUUAAUUGACUUGGGUCACAUGGAAGCUGCUGAUUCGACAACGAAAACCGUAUACUACAUGCCGCAUCACGCAGUCGUGAAAGACACUAGUGCCACAACGAAGCUUAGAGUUGUGUUCAACGCUUCUAUGAAGACAUCGUCCGGGAAACCAUUGAACGAUGCCCUUAUGGUAGGCCCUCAACUGCAGCAAGACCUUUUCUCGAUUUUGGUUCGCUUUCGCACUCAUCGCUACGGCCUCAUUGCUGACAUCGAAAAGAUGUAUCGGCAGGUCCACGUUGCUGAACAGGACGUCGAUUAUCAACGCAUAGUAUGGCGUGAGCAUUCAUCAGAGCCUAUAUGUGACUAUCGUCUUUUAAGGGUCACUUAUGGAGUAGCAUCCGCCUCACAUCUCGCCGUGAAAUCCUUACAUCGUGCAGCGCAGCAAGUGACUGGUGUUAACCGUAAUAUCGAAAAGGUGGUCACAUCAGAUUUCUACAUGGACGAUUUGCUGACCGGAUCAGAAUCCCUUCAAGACCUAAUUAACACGCAACGAGACAUCUCACACGUGCUAUCUCAGAGUGGUUUUGAGCUACGAAAGUGGGCGACGAAUUUCCAACCAUUAAGAGAACAAAUACCUCACGCGUCUACUCAAACUGCUCACCUUUUGGCGGACGGGAAUGACAUUAGAACUCUGGGAUGUAUUUGGCAUACAGAUCAUGAUUCGCUAUCAAUCGCAUUUAAUUUAGAAGAUCUGCCCAACAAGUUGACGAAGAGAAUUUUCCUCUCCGAUUCCAGCAAGAUUUUCGACCCGCUUGGACUCAUCGCCCCCUGCACUAUUCGCUCAAAAAUAUGGUUGCAGAUGAUUUGGCGCUCGAAUGUGGAUUGGGACGAGUUGGUUCCGCCUAAAGUUGCGGCUGACUGGUUAACAUAUAGGCGUGAACUGCAGCUACUCUCAAAGCUCAAGAUGAGUCGCUGGCUUGGUAUGUGCUCGAGUGCUGACGAGGAAUUCCACGUCUUCACUGACGCAUCGGAGGCUGCUUAUGCUGCCGCUAUUUAUUGCCGUACUAAAACAGAUAAAGACGAGGUGAAAGUUGUGUUGAUCGCUGCGAAAACUAGGGUAGCGCCUCUAAAAACGACGUCGCUACCUCGUUUGGAACUUUGUGCGGCUCAUUUAGGUGCAAGGUUAGUUCGCCAAAUACAAACAAGUUUUGGCCAUAAACUCGAAAAUCUGUAUGCGUGGACCGACUCCAUGAUAACGCUGGCGUGGUUGCAAGGAAUGCCGAGCCGGUGGUCAGUAUUUGUGGCAAAUCGUGUUGCGGAUGUACAAGAGGUCCUACCGGCAUCAAAAUGGAGACAUGUCGUUUCUGAGCUUAAUCCCGCAGAUUGUGCGUCGCGGGGCAUAAAUCCCUCACAGUUAAUCACUCAUCCGUUGUGGUGGACGGGACCGAACUGGCUUCGUAAAACUGAUCGCUUUUGGUGUAAACCUUCAGUUCAACAUAAUACGGACCUCGAGCAAAAACCUGGCAAGACGACAUCGCAUGUAACGCAUACCGUUGAUGAGUGGAGUUUGUUAACUAGAUUUCAUUCCUACAACAAACUCAAACGAAUUACCGCAUAUGUGAUUCGUUUCAUUCAUAACUUACGGUUAUCUUCUCGGCAACAUAACGGAACAACGCGAUUAUUGGGUCAUUUAACCACCGACGAAAUCCGGGAGGCUGAGAUUAAGUAAGCCUAUACCUAUGCGCAGUAGUCUCGUUCGUCUUCAACCGUUCCUAGAUGCCGAAGGCAUUCUCCGAGUUGGUGGUCGCAUCAAGAACGCUUCGUGCUCCAAUGA